GUGACGUAAUAGUGUUUACACUAUACCGUUGACUAGCAAGGAAGUGUCCGUUAACGAAGCUAAUUUAUGGGACUUUGGUUUGUAAUUAGAUGUUUAUACGCAUAGUUUGGUGGUAGUUUACGCAAUUUUCAUGGGUGCUCCCGGGGUUUUAGGGAACGAGCCCGACUCUAUAGACUACUCGGUGCACGAAGCGUGGAACGAGGCCACUAAUGUCUACCUGCUGGUGAUCCUGGUCAGCUUCGGCCUGCUCAUGUACGCCAGAAAAAAUAAGAGGAAGAUCAUGCGCAUCUUCGCUCUGCCUCCUACUGCGGGUACCAGCCCGGAGCCCAACUUCUACGACAGCCUGCAGAAGGUCCGCCUGAGGCAGCAGCUGGAGAUGUACUCUCUGGCCAGGAAGUUUGAACAACAGCAACAGCAGCAGCAGCAGCAACAACAGGGCCAAUCAGACAGUGUGCAGCUCUCCAUGGAAUGAGAACAGGAGGCCCCAACUUCAAGCUUCUUCUGCCCAUGGAUAUGAAUGGACUUGUAUGGCUGUAAUGAUCAGUUUGUGCAAAAGAAUCUGCACCCAUCCUUGCUGCUUCAUCCACCAUCUCUCAUUUGUGAUAUUUGAGCAGAUACGCAGCUGGAUGGGUAGGUGGGAAAAGGAUGCUUUUCUAAAGCUGGCAGCUAGCAGGUGUGCUGUCUCACACAGCAAGUGACACUAACCUGGUGCAGAGAGCUAAAGCUGGAAAUGCAGCAUUUGUCACAAAAUGAUUUUCAUUAUGGCACAAGGGGAAUAAAAAUCUUGGCUUUAGAACAAAUCUUUUAUUUCUAACACAGGCUGUGGGUGUUUUAUUCCAUUAUUUUGUUAGAUGUGUAAAGAUGAGGGCUUACUGCAAGAGAAAAAAUUCCUAAAUGUGAAGAUGAAGGCACAUAAAUAUGAAGUUAGACCGUAGAUAGAUUAUUUAUGAAUGCAUCAUCUAAGUCUUUGUGGGCUUUGAUUUUAAAUGGCUACUUUAGUCCCAGUAUGUAGAAGAGUUUUCCUUUCUAGCACUGAGCUUAAGGCAGCACUCUGCAGAUUCACAGCACCUGUUAAAGUCCUGGUCUUGUAAAAAAUUUUACAUUUUGAAGGGGACCUAUUAUGAACUUUGGACUCUACUAUAGUCUGUUUGUGUUAUUCUCAGGUUAAAAAAAAACAAACGUAUUUAUCUUAAACAGGUUGUUGGUGCUGCUCCUUAGUUCAUCCAGUGAAAUAAGUUUAAGCCAGCUUUCUUCUGAUUGGCUGCCCCUCACAAACUAAAAGUAGCUGGUGGGUAGAGCUUUGGUACGCAGCCAGAUAUUGUGUGCCUGAGACCGAGACAUCAUAAGAAAGAAAUGGCAUUCAAGGAAUCCUGAAGAAGCCUAAUAUGACUACAUUAGGAAUAUGUGCUCUGACACAGAGGGUUUAAAGCAGUCUGAAGCCUUUUAGCUCAAAGUGACAGCUAGUACAUAUGCCAAGCUAAUUAUUUGAAACUUUUUAAUAUGAGCAUCCUAAAACAAAAAGUGUAAUAGGUCCCCUUUAACUAUUUUGAAGUUGAGUUCACCAUUAUAAUUUUGUGGCAGCAAAAUUUCACAGUCAUCACUAUAAUAAAAUAAUUAUUUGUUGAUGAAUUAAAGUCUGGAAUGAGUUGGAAUAUCACUGCUGCACUGACCUUUGAUCUUUGUUUAUAAAAUAA